UUGAGUCUGUUUAAAACUUGCACGCGCCGUGCUUGCAGCCCUCCUGUCCAUUUCGGUGUGUUCUUGUUUCUCGGUUUGAUGAAAUUCAAAGUGCGCUGGUGUAAUGACGUUUUUUUAUUUGGAAUUCAAUAUAUAAAUUUUAAUGCGAGUCACAGAGGUCAUCAAUUAUAGUUGUAAAGACUUUGAAACUAUAAAUAAAAUUUAGAGCAUAGCUGCAUAGGCUAUGAAAAAAUACACAUGUUUGUUUCAACUGAUUAAAUAAAGUGGCAAUACAGUGACCUGUUUAAGUAUGAAAGAAAAUACCGACGACGUAGUUGAAGUGUUACUGAAUAAGGAGAUUAAUUUCCAGUCGACGUAAUUUAAUUUAUUUACUGUUAUUUUCAUUGUGAGAAAUAAUGGAGAACAAUGGAAGGAAGCAGUUCGACGUCAUCGAUGCCAUUGUUUUCACAGGGAUGCUUGGUGUAUCCGCCCUCGUUGGCGUUUAUCAGGCUUACAAGUCGCGCAAAAGCGCCAACGCCGUCGAGGAAUAUCUCGUUGGCGGCCAAAACAUGUCGAUAUUCCCUAUAAGCAUGUCACUCAUCGCAAGUUACAUAUCGGGCAUAGCGAUAUUAGGAUUUCCGGCCGAAAUGUACGUGUACGGAACCCAGUUCUGGUGCAUCAUAAUCGCCGACUGCUUCGUCUCACUAACUAUGGCCGUCGUUUAUCUCCCGGUCUUUUAUGGCCUAAAAAUUACGUCUUCCUACGAGUAUUUAGAGUUAAGGUUCAACCACGUCGUAAGGAUGAUAGGAUCAAUCAUCUUUCUCAUAAAAAUGUUACUUUACAUACCCCUGGUCAUCUACGUCCCGGCGCUAGCGUUUAAUCAAGUGACUGGAGUUAACUUACAUAUGAUUGCUUUACUGGUCUGUGCAGUUUGCAUCUUCUACACGACUUUGGGCGGCUUAAAAGCGGUGGUAUGGACUGACGCGAUCCAGACGAUCGUAAUGUUUGGUGGUGUGAUAGUGGUUGCGGUGUUGGGUACCGUGAGGGUCGGCGGUUUGACCGAAGUCUGGCAGCGCAACGUCGACACCGGCAGGAUCGAGUUCUUCAAUAUGGAUCCAAAUCCAACGGUCAGGCACACGUUUUGGACGGUGGUAGUCGGAAAUUACCUCAAUUGGUUAGCGACGUGCUCCGUGAAUCAAGCGAUGGUGCAGCGCUGCCUCGCCAUGCCAAGUCUCAAGAAAUCAAACAUAACUGUGAUGAUCAUGGCUGUAGGUAUCAUCGCGAUGGUUUCACUUUGUUGUUAUACCGGUGUCGUCAUUUUUGCUACCUUUCACGAUUGUGAUCCUGUUACGACGAAACAAAUAAAAAAACCAGAUCAACUUCUACCAUAUUUUGUCAUGGAAAUGGCAGCAUCGAUUCCGGGCUUGCCAGGACUUUUCGUUUCUGGAGUCUUUAGUGCAGCUUUAAGCACGAUGUCUACGGGAUUAAACUCGAUGUCCGGGGUGAUUUACGAAGACAUGAUUAAACCGUGUUUGAAGAAACCCAUGUCCGAUGUCGGAGCAAGCCGCGUUAUGAAGAUCACAGUGGUGGUAAUUGGAGUGAUAUGCGUUGCUUUAGUCUUUCUCGUAGAGAAACUUAGUGGACUCAUCCAGGCAGGGAAAAGUCUAUCAGGCAUAACAGCCGGUCCUCUCCUGGGAAUCUUUACUCUUGGGAUGUUCUGCCCGUUUGCAAACUCUGCGGGUGCAAUAACUGGAGCAUUGGUGAGCUUGAAUCUCGUCGCCUGGAUAUCUUUAGGCACGCAAGCGUCAGUGGCCAGUGGCAAGAUUCAUUAUCCGGUUAAAGCAGUCUCGGUAGAGGGUUGCCCUGAAGCUCUGCGCACCAACCUCGCCAAUCUUACCCUCAUUAUGGAAAAUGCUGUUCAGGAAGAGCCGUUCUUUUUAUACAGAAUGUCUUAUUUGUGGUACACGUGGGUCGGAUUUUUAACUGCAAUCGUGAUUGGCCUCUUUGUGUCAUGGAUUACGGGACCAAAUAAGUUCAAGUCUGGUGAUGAAAAACUUUAUACACCGAUUAUACGAGGUUUACUACCAAAGGAAGUAUCUAAGAGCAGUAAUAGUCUCAAAAAAAUUGAAAACCAAUGUCCACCUCCAUUGAAUCAAUACACAUCGAAAUGUUAGGAAAGUUUUUUAAUAAAAUUAAUUAUUUUAAAUAUCCUUAGUGAAGUCUUAAAUUUAUUGUUGCAAACCU